AUGGAUCAAUGUAAAACACUUUAUUAUGAUUAUUGUAAAACUUAUGAUGUUGAACCAAAUGAAACAAUUUUAGGCGAAAUUCAAAAAGUUUCUAAUGGUGAUAAUAAUCCAACAAAAAGUUUCAAUUUAUCUUCAUUAAGUAUUCCCGAAGCACAAUUUGUAGUCUUAGGAAAAUUAUUUACACAUGAUUGUUUAUUUACAAGUAUUCAUCUUAAUGAUUGUAAUUUAACAAGUGAAGCUUUACAAGCUUUUCUUCAUGGAUUAGUAAAGAAUACAACUUGUAGAACAUUAGAAUUAAAAGGAAAUAGUAUUCAUGGAGCUGGUACUGAAGCAUUGGCACAAGUAUUACGAAGAAAUCAAACAUUACAAAAUUUACGACUUGAAUGGAAUCAAAUCGGUGCGAUGGAUACGUCAGCUUUUACUAGUUUUUGUGAUGCACUUGGAGUUAAUAAAGCUUUGAUUGAACUCGAUUUACGCAAUAAUGAUAUUAGUCAUGUUGGUGCUACAGAAUUAGCGGCAACAUUAAAACGAAAUGUAACACUACGUAUCUUAGAUCUUCGUUGGAAUAAUAUUGGAGCAGUUGGUAGUCGCGCUUUAUUAGCUUCCUGUCAAUCAAAUUCAACACUUAAUGAAUUGCAUUUAGCUGGUAAUAAUAUACCUGAUGAUGUUAUACAAAAUAUAAAUAAUGCUCUAGCAAAAAAUACCGAAAAACGUCAAGUACAUUUUGGACAUUCAAAAAAUAUGGCGGUACUUGCAAGACAAUUACAAGAUGCACACACGGAAAAAGAUCGACAGAUGACAAGUGUACUUACACGUGUGUCUUUACAAGAACAAGCAAUGCUUAAAGCAAAUAAAUCAUUAGCUACGAAAAUUAAAAAAAUGCAAGAAGCAUUGGAUGAUCGUAAAUUAGCAUUCAAUGCUUUAUCAGCAAAAAAUGCAUUACUUGAAGCAGAUCUAACUGUAGCAACACAACAACAUAAUGAUGCACAAAAUGAAGUUAAAAAAUUACAGAUUGAAAAAGAUCACCUAAAAAAACUAAUUCAUAAAGAAUAUAAAAAAGAAAAAGAUGAAUUAGUCCAUACUCAAGCAAAACUUGAACGAGAUUUACUUGAAAGCUUAGAAACACAACGACGUUUAUCUGAAAAGAUCCAUGAUUUUGAACGAAAAACUGAAAAUCUUCAGACAACUAUACAUGAACUUCGAGAAACGUUAACAAAAACUGAUCGUGAUCAUCAUGUAAAACUUUCAGCAUUGGAUACUGAAAAUCAAGGUUUGAAAUCUAAACAUAAAGAAGAUUUAAAAGAUUGUGAAUUAACCAAUUCACGAGAUAAUCAACGUUUAAAAGAAUCUUAUGAAACUACACAACAAAAUUUAAAAGAACAAAUAACAAAACUUGAAAAUAUUCGAACAACACUUGAACGAGAAAUAAAUUCUUUAAAAUCGAAUAUUUCAACACAAAAAUUAAAUCAUGAUGAAAAUUUACAACAAGAAAAAAUUCGAAUAAAAAAUGAAGAUGAAAAAAUACAACAUGAACUUGAAGAUCGUUUACGUUCAUUAACAACAACAAAAGAAGAUCUUGAAUCUCGUUAUAACCAACAAUUAAUAUCGAAUCGAGAGUUUCAACAAAAAAUCAAUUUUCAAUCUGUCGAAAUUGAAACAUUAAAACGACAAAUUGAAUCCGUUCAAACAUCAAAUCUUAGUAAAGAUACAGAAUUUCUUGAAAAUCGUGAAAAAAUCAAAACUGAAUAUGAGAAAAAAUUACGUUUAAUUCAAAAAGAUAUUGAUAUGAAUGAAGAAUUAAAAGAUCGUAAUAGACAAUUGGGAAGUGAAAUUAAAGAUCAACGUUAUAAUGAUCGAAAUACAAUACGUGAACUUGAAACACGUCUAGCUGAUUUACAAACAAAAUUUAAUCAACGUGAACAAGAAAUUAGUCAAUUAAAACAUAAUGAAGAAAAGCGCUUACAAUUUUUACGUACAGCUAUGUUAGAUUAUAUUGGUCGAGAUACAAAAUUAAAAUAG